AUGAUGCUCCUGCGGUCUUCUACCCCGCGCGUCGUCGCGCGCGCGGUCGGCGCGACGUUCUCCUCCUCCGCGACGACCGCCUCCCGCGCGUCGUCGUCCGCGAUCCCCGCGAUGAUUCCGCGUCGUCGUCAACGUCAUCGUCGCGUCUCGCCGUGGGUGACGCGCACGUUCGCCUCCUCCUCCUCCUCCUCCUCCUCGUCCUCCGCGCCCCCGCACGAGGGCCAGAUCAAGAUCGCGCACAUCCUCAUGGACGCCUCCGACGAGGCGCAGCUCGACGAGCUCUACGAGCGCGUCGUCGCCGGCGCGGACGACCUCGCGACGCUCGCCGCGGAGUACUCCAAGUGCCCUUCGGGGAAAGCGAACGGCGGGCUCAUCGGCUGGAUCGGCCGCGGGCAGACGGUGAAGCCGUUCGAGGACGCCGCGUUCGCGACGCCUAUCGGGGGCGUGACGCGCGCGAAGACGACGUUCGGCGUGCACGUCGUGCAGGUGCUGGAUCAGAGAGAGGCGCCCGCGGCGGUGGUCAACGUGAGCGUGGAGGAUCUCGCGGAGGUGCUCGAGGUCGGCGACCUGGACGGCGUCAACCUCGUCGACGUCAGGGAGGAGGACGAGUGGCGCGCGACGCGCAUCGACGCGUUCACGCUCAUGCCGCUGUCGAAGGUGAUGCAGAUGACCGAGGCGGAGUGGGACGAGAAAUUGGCCGGCGUGGACAAGUCUAAGCCGACGUACAUGCUGUGCAAGGCUGGCGUGAGGAGCGCGCACGCGGGGAAGGAGUUCGCGUCGAGAGGGUUCAAGGAGGUGUACAACGUCAUGGGGGGGAUGGACGCGUGGGGGAGGAGACGAUGAGGGUGACGCGGGCGCCGGCGAGAGAACGCUUCGGUUAUUACUUCAUCAGUUAGGAUAAGUUGUCAUCUACGGAGAUGAUCGAUUCUUAUAAAUAAAACGGCGCCGACUCUAAUAACGCU